ACAUCAGUCAUUCCAGCGCUCCUCGCCUAUCCUCAUCACUGCACCCCUGAACUUGCACUCCCCCCUCUCUAGCCCUAUUGCCCCUCACCCAGUACCUGCUGACCCCAAGUAUUGCCUGUUUAAUUCCUGUCCUUCCCAAUACCCCACAGCCUGCCCCCCUUAUACCCCACAGCCUGCCCCCCUUAUACCCCACAGCCUACCUCCCUUAUACCCCACACCCUGUCCCCUAUUUGCCCAAUACCCCAGUGACUGCCCCAUACACCCCACCAAUUCCUUUUUGCACUGCAGUCCAGCACCCAUCGCAUACUCAGCACCCCCUUAGCUGCUGGACUGCAAGCUGCACUUUUAGCAUCACCCCUCUGCCCCAUGGUCUGUGGACCCGAUACUAGCCCCUGACCCCCUUUUCCCCUAGCCCCCAGUUCUGGUUCCCAUGGGUGACAGUCAGAGCCGGUGAUUCUGAUAUUAAGACUCACAAUGGAGAGCGUCCCGCAGGACAGGAACUUCCACAGCCCCUUCCUGGAGCUUGAGGACUUCACCGAGGCAGAUUUCAUGAGCAAUGUGCACUUCUCAGAAGCUCUGGAUGACUUCUCCAGCGAAUUAUUUAACAGUUUUUUCGAUGACCCUCCUCUGCUGGAUCGAGAUUCUUUGCUGGACAUGGACGUCGAGAGUCCAGCACCAGCCAUCCAAGUGGAGCAUAGCUAUUCAUUGAGUGGAGACUCAGCCCCCCAGAGCCCUGCUCUCACUAUCAAGGAAGAAGAUGAAGAAAGUGAACCCAGCAGUGCCGUCUGGGCGCUGGAGCAUGAGCUGUGCUCGUUACUGGUGAAGCAGGAGCAUGGUAUGACGCCACAGGGAGAACCAUCUCAGAGCAGCACGGUCGUGGAACAGGCACAGGGGUCUACGAUCCAGCCUGAUGAAGAGAAUGAUACCAGAACUCCAAUACCGCACAUAAAGGCAGAACCAGGGGUCCCAAACCACUUCUUAAAUGUUCCAGGAGAGGUUUUGGCAAUGAUGCCUCUCACUCCGCCAAGCAGCCACAGCAGUGACAGUGAUGGAUCUCAGAGCCCCCGAUCGUUACCGCCACCCAGUCCAGCACGCCCUGCUCCACGCUCCUCACACGCGAUCUCCUCAUCACCCCUACUCACUGCUCCCCACAAGCUUCAAGGCACUUCAGGACCUCUGAUGCUGACAGAGGAGGAGAGGCGCACAUUGGUUGCUGAGGGGUACCCCAUCCCCACCAAACUACCCCUCACUAAGACGGAGGAAAAGGCUCUGAAGAGGGUGCGCAGGAAAAUCAAGAACAAGAUCUCAGCCCAGGAAAGUCGACGGAAGAAAAAGGAAUACGUGGAAUGUUUGGAGAAGAAGGUAGAAUCCUUCACAUCACAGAACAGUGAGUUGUGGAAAAAAGUGGAGACGCUGGAGAAUGCCAACAGGUCUCUGCUGCAGCAGCUACAGAAGCUCCAGGCUCUGGUUACAGGGAAGAUGCCACGGCCCUGCAAAUUGGCCGCAACACAAACAGGAACCUGCCUCAUGGUUGUGGUGCUUUGCUUCCUUCUUGCCUUUGGUUCCAUAAUUCCAUCCCUGCCAGAAUUUUCUUCAGGGUCUCAGACAGUGAAAUCAGCCCCUAUGUUGACACCCGAUCUAUACACCCUCAGCCAGAUCCGCUCCCGAAAUCUCCUGUCCUACGAUGAGGGGAUUGGGUCCACACAGGAUGAAUCAAGUUCAGUUUUGGGGAUCCAGGACAGAGGAAGUUGGACUCCAGACGCAGCAGCUCUCAGCAGGCACACGGAGAACACGGCCCACGAGAGAGAAAAGUACCUGGGAGGAAGAGAUCAAGAGAACCAGACAGACAGAGGAUUCACGAGGCCGAAGGAGGGGGACAGAAGCUCUGAAUUCUUGUAGGGGUCGGGGCAGAGGGAGAGGGUUUGGAAGCUGAACAUUCCAGGAAGGCUGCGGGGAAGUCUGGAUUCAGACGCUAUGGAACUAUGGCAAUUCUACAGAAGAUUUCAUCUCAGUCGAGUCUGCUAGAGCCACAGCGGCGGAAGCAUGUGCAGGGCCGCAGAGCGUAGAGACUCGCUAUGCAAGACGCUCUGCGUGGAUCUGGCACAUCUGCCCGACCUGUGCCCAUUCUGGCAAAAACAGCAGGAGGGGAGCGAUCGGUGGACGCGGUAUAGAACCAGCAGAGCGUGUUAUGUAUUCUUACAAUAUUACUUCAUUUGCUGCAUCGAAAAGCAUUGACGUGGGAGACCCCUCGCUGCCAGAUGGGACUGUAGUUCUCUGAAGCCCACCGUUACUCCUACAGCAAGCUUUGUGACAAUAAGCCCUGUUUUCAGAUUGUGAAGGACUCGUGGCUAUACACAAGGAUCAACCCUGCAUGUUUUAUUUUUGAGUCUGGAGCCCUCUCCCUACCGCUGUCCUUGUACAGACCACAUCUGUUUUCUGAAGACAAUUUCUUUAUUAACGCAAGCUUUAUAUGCAUGGGAGGCCCUUUUUUUUCUCCUCUCAUUUCUGCUCUCUGCCAGCUUCAAUUAAGCAAAAUGAAAUUAAAAAAAAAAAUAGCAUCAGCAAAA